UGUGUGUGUGUGUGUGAGAGAGAGGGAGUGUGUAAGAGUGUGUGUGUGUGCGCGUGUGAAUGUGCAUGAGUGUUCAGUAGUCACCAACAACACACUCCUUCCUGACGCUGGCUGCAGCGCGCGACUGACAGCUGUUGGACUCUUCUCCAUUUUCUUUCAUCAUUUGCAACAAAAAAAAAAAAAAAAAGAAAGAAAUAAUAAAAUAAUAAUAAUACACAGUCAGCAAAAUGGGCAAAGGUUGCAUCACAGCCACCAAGUACUUUCUGUUUCUGUUCAACCUCCUGUUCUUCAUCUUUGGAGCCCUGAUUAUGGGCUUUGGACUCUGGAUCCUCCUGGACAAUCAGAGCUUCAUUGCAGUCUUGCAGGACUCAUCUACAGAACUGAAGGUGGGCUCCUACAUUGUGAUUGGUGUCGGUGCCUUCACCAUGCUGAUGGGAUUCCUGGGCUGUCUGGGAGCAAUCUAUGAGAUCCGCUGUCUGCUUGGACUGUACUUCACUCUCCUGCUCCUCAUCCUCAUCGCUCAGGUGGUUGCUGCUGUCCUCAUCUUUUUCCAGCGUGAUGUGCUGAGGAAAACGACAUCCAGCAUCGUGACCAAAAUUGUGGAGAACUACCAGGGACAGAACAAGACCGCAGAGCAGGCCUGGGACUACAUUCAGAGGAGCAUGCACUGCUGUGGCUGGAUAGGCCCCAAGGACUGGGAAAACAACCCCGUGAUCAACAACAGCUCUCAGCAGCUGUACCCCUGCUCCUGUCGCAACACCUCCAUCGCGGGAGAGAACGCCACAGACGGCAGCUUCUGCGAGGCUAAGUCUUCUGAUUGGCCCAUUUACGACAGGGGCUGCAUGGUUAACGUGGAGAGCUGGCUCUUCACCAACUACGGAGUCAUUCUAGGAAUCUGCCUCGGGGUGGCUGUUAUUGAGCUACUCGCCAUGAUCCUGUCCAUGGGCCUGUGUAAGAGCGUACACCAAGAAGAGUACACCAAAGUGCCGAAGUAUUAAAGAAGAAACACACACACACACACACGCACACACGAACACACACACACACACAUCUUCUACAUUUAAAAUAUAUUGACCUUCUCUGCAUAGUUUACAUGUUUUUGUUGUUUUUUUUUUUUUUUUUCAAGACUCUUACCCAAAAUAUCAAAACGAAGCUUUAGAAAUUGUGGAAAAUCGUAAACCUGUGGAAAGCACGGUGGAGCGUGUAGCACGUUCUGCUUUCUUUAUUUCACCACGUUAGCCUCCUUUAAGCGAAAUCGUGCACCUUUUAUUGUGAGCUUGUGUUCAAAAUAUCGUCACCUAAAACUUCCCAGAUGAAGGAACGAAAAGCUUUUGCGCAUUUCUCUCAGCGCUCGUCUUCACACGUCCUCCUAGCUAACGACAUCUAUUGCAUGACACUUCUUUUCUUUUUCAUUUGUACAUCAGUGUUGUUUUUGUUGUUGUUUUUGUUUGUUUGUUUGUUUGUAUAUAAUUUAACGAUCCUUUAAUUAGCAUGUUUCGUGGUUAGGAUGUCCCUUUUUAAAAAUCUUUUCUUCAGUUAUACUUGUUUUCUUUUUUUUUUUGUCUUUUUUAUGUACAGAUUGCAUAUUUUUUACAUUUUUGAAUUUUUUGGGCUUAUUAUUAUUAUUUUUUUUUAAUCAGGGCUAACCUGAUUUCCGUGAUUUUUAUUGCCUUAUUUCUAAUCCGAUUGCUUUCGUGUCACUCACUUGUGUGUGACUCCUUUUAUGAAAGAUGACAUUUUGAAGAUUAAUCUCUUUAACUGUAACCCAACACUAGGACACCUAUAUAUGCACUCUGUUUUGAGGGGAAGGAAGUAAAGUAUAAGCAUACUUAAAAAAAAAAAAAAAAAAAAAAAAAAAAACUUUGAUGAACCUUAUGAUCGAAGUCUUAAUAUUAUAUUGUUUUAGAUUUUCCUUUUUAUCUAGACUUUUUUUUUGUAUAUUUGAAGAAAGAAAAUGGACCGGAAACAGUCAGAACAUCUCGUGUUUUGUCCUGAGAAGUAAACCAAUAAAAGAAUUAUAUGGUACGAGGUAAAAAAAAAACAUCUUUUUAUAAACCUGGAAUACAUUUUUUUGACCAAGCGUGACUGUUAAACAGGACGUACAUGUGUAAAAAUAUCUGUUACAAUAAAGUGAACUCACCCAGA